AUGCCAGGCUCGACUAUUAAAAAGAAUCAAUUUUAUAGCGCUAAGGAUCCAGCAGGGAAAGUAUCUUCCCUGGAUCUCGGAUCCUUUGAGACCCCUAAGGAUACAGUGGGGUUUCCAAAGACACCAAUCAGCGGGGAGAUAGCCAGCAAGCCCCCAAAUCUCAGCAGAAGUAGGAGAGAAGCAGAGUUACUCAGACGAUCUGCCCUUCGUGGCGAGCUCGGCUCACCAACUGACCUUGUCCAUGCGCGUCGCUCUGCGCGGAGGUUGCUCUUCACUGAUCUGCAGCUGCAGACCCCAACCUUUCCAGCCCUUGACCAGGGGGCUCCUGCUGGUCAGCAGGAGCAGAAAGGUGAUAAAGAUCCAGCUCCGAUCUCUUAUGGGGAGCGUAAUGCUGGGCAGCAUAUCCCAGUAGAUUAUGAAGAGGGUGAAGAGAAAAAGCCUUCGAGUGAUUUCUAA